AUGAAAGCCAAGUCCGAAGGCGACGGUGUUGCCGAAUACCACGAGGAUGUCAUGGGUCAUGUCGCCUUGGCUAAGGAGGCGGCAGGCCGCGCCACUGAGAUCAACACCGCCUCUGUGGCUCUAUAUGCGGCCACUUCGGCUCAGCCGCCCAGGUUGCUGUCAAGGAACAUGAUCAAGCUAUACAUAAUCAUGGCCGUUGGAUACUUGAUUUCGACGAUGAAUGGGUUUGACUCGUCGCUCAUGUCUUCCAUCAACGCCAUGAAACCAUAUCAAGAGACAUUCGGACUCGAUGGCGCAGGUUCUUCUACUGGUAUGGUUUUCAUUAUUUACAACUUAGGACAAAUCGCUGCUUUCCCGUUUUGCGGUCUAUUAGCCGAUGGUUACGGCCGCAAGGUCUGCAUCUUUGUCGGCUGCCUCCUUGUUUGGAUUGGAACCGCCGUCCAAGCACCUGCACAGACAAUGGAAACUUUUAUAGGUGGCCGUUUUCUCUUGGGAUUUGGCGCGGCUCUUGCUUCUGCCGCGGGACCAGCCUACACUGUCGAGUUAGCUCAUCCAGUAUACCGUGGAACCAUGGCCGGUAUGUACAACAACUUCUGGUGGUUGGGAAACAUUCUAGCGGGAUGGACAACAUACGGAAGCAAUCGGCAUCUUGCAAACUCAUGGGCAUGGCGAGUCCCUACCCUCGUCCAGGCCGGCCUUCCUGGAAUUGUCUUGUUCAUGGUGUUCUUCCUCCCAGAGUCUCCCCGUUGGCUCAUUGCCCAAGACCGCAGGGAGGAAGCGUUAGCGAUUAUGGCCAAGUACCACGGUAACGGUGACCCAAAUCACCCAAUCGUCCAACUUCAAUACUCGGAAAUCAUUGCACAGCUCAACAUGAUGAGCAACAAAAAUCCAUGGUGGGAUUUCCGCGAAUUGGCAAACACACGCCCGGCACGUUAUCGAUUGUUCAUGGUCAUUGCCAUGGCCUUUUUCGGACAAUGGUCCGGGAACAAUGUUGUCAACUACUUCAUGCCACAGAUGAUUAUUCAAGCGGGCAUCACUAGUCCGGACAAGCAAUUGCUAAUUAAUGCCAUCAACCCUAUUUUCAGUAUGAUGGGUGCUGUCUAUGGCGCUACGUUGCUGGACAAGCUAGGUCGUCGUACCAUGCUGUUGGGUGGUCUGUGUGGAGGCUUGAUUUCCUACAUAAUGCUUACCAUCUUUACAAAGGAAAGCGAGCACCACCCGUCACUCAGCUAUGGUGUCAUUGUAUCCAUUUAUCUCUUCGGCAUAGUUUUUGCAUGGGGAUUCAGCCCACUGCAGACUCUAUAUGCUGUUGAAUGUUUGGAGAACCGUACACGAGCAAAAGGGUCUGGUCUCAACUUUUUGUUUUUGAACAUCGCCAUGGUUGUUAACACAUACGGCAUCUCUGUUGGUAUCGGGAAGAUAGGCUGGAAAUUGUAUCUUGUCUAUAUUGGAUGGAUCUGCGUUGAGAUCGUUGUCAUAUAUUUCUUCUUUGUGGAGACUGCGGGCAAGACGCUGGAAGAACUGAAGGAUAUCUUCGAUGCUCCGAACCCGCGGAAAGCCAGCAUGAAGAAGACCAGAGUUGAGGUAGAUGAGUCCGGAACUGUUGUUAAAGUGGAGGCGUAA